CAGUCGUAUUAUCGUUAUUAUACGUUAUAUGAUUGGAAUAGUGGGUAUAUGAAUAAAGAUUGGAUAGCUGGAGGCUGUACCUUAUAGAGUAGGAAUAGCUUUCUUUACCGCCCAAACUACAACUAUAAACUACUACUCGAACACUAUGUGUUGCAUCGUAGUACAUUCACUAUCCAACCAUUAUGUGGCAUAUUGUUUUCAUCCUACUACCAUCAAUAACAUUGGGAUGGGAUAAGGAGUUACAUGCUCGUAUAGGUGAUGCUGUUGGUAGAGUGUUGUCACAUAGGGAUAUGGAGGAUAUUGAUGUAUUUCUAGAAGGUAGAAGUCUAUCAUGGAUGUCAAGAUAUGCUCAUGAUAAUCUCCAGUAUACUAAAUAUGAUAGGACAGUCGAAAACCAUUACGAGACCCAAUCACGGAAUUGGCAAUGUGACUUUGAUGUAGAACAUCCAGAAAGGUUGGCCAAUAAAGAAGGUCUCUAUGAGACGGUUACUGAUAUCUUUGGUAGACUAUGUCAUGAAAGAGAUAAUAAUAAGGGUAUAGCUGCAGAUAAAACUGAACAGGUUCAAUUAAGUUGGCUUAUGGGUUUAAUACAAGAUAUGCAUCAACCAUUACAUCUAGGCUUUGGUGCUGAUGAUCAUGGUAGACGUAUUACUGUUGAAUAUCAUGGGAGUAGUUAUAAUCUAUAUGACUUCUGGGAGAAGCAGGUAUCCCCAUCUGUUAAUCUGGAUACUGAGCUUAUACAUAAACGCUAUCUAGAUGAACUCAAGAGUCUUAAUCAUUAUGGUCAGCCUAGGAAUAUGAAGUUAGUUCAAGAGCUCCACAAGGGAGGUCUUGCUAUGUGGGUGGCCGAGAACAUGAAGACAGCAUGUUAUGAGAUAUAUGCUGCUGUAGCUGGUGGUGGUGGUAGGGAGGUACCUAGGAGUUUCGUAGUAUCUGAUAGAAUAUUUGAAGAAUGGCGAAGUCUAGCGUCAACACAGGCUAUUAAAGCAGCUGCCAGGACUGCAGUUGUAUUGCAUGCUGUUGCUAUUCAUAUGAGGACAUAUCACCCUGAACAGACCUCCCUUUAUAAGAGGUCGUCAUCAGUAAAGCAUCGUAUUAGGGAUAACUGGCAUGAGGCAUUAUUAAAGAAUCUUGGUCUGGCCAUUAUCAUCGUGCCAUUAUUGAUAAUAUCACUUAAUCCAGGGGAGAUGUCAUGGCUUAAGGAUCUCUUAAAGAAAGGAGGUAGUAAUAGACGAAUAGAUUGAUGAUAACCACCACCACAACAUGAUAAACUACAAUCAUUAUCUUGCUAGUAGUGGUCUUUUUAUGAUCUA